AUGGAGAUGCGUCUUGCCUGGGCUUGUGAUGACGAUGGACAGGAACAUUUCAGUCAGUGCACCAUGGCUGAUCACAAGCCACCAUUCUAUGUGCUCCUCGCCCAUUCGACGCUCUCCAAUCUGCCUGCUGGAGCCCCGUCAAACACUCUAGGACACCCCAUUAUCCAGUAUCACUACGCUGACGAUGCGCCGCUAUCGCUCUUGCCGAACCAACCCGACGAGCAUGUCUUAGUUCUGAAUUAUGACCCCCAGUCAGCACCACCCACCGUUCAAAGUAUCUCGGAUAAUGUGGUUGUCACUGGCCUCAGAUUAGAAGAGGCACCAGGUGCUGCGGCAGACGAGACCAGCGUACCUCGGAAUGACACCAUGUUCAUCAUCGAAACGACGGGUAACGACAAUGCUAUAUGUGCCUCUCAAGGAGAUCGCAAGUCUGCGCAAGCAAUACUGUCUCAGUUCAAGCAUCGAAACGCCAUCCUCCGACGCGCUCUUGAAUAUCCGGCCAACAUCGAAGACAACCUGACGUCUCCUGGUACUUCUGCUCAACCUCUUUCUGCAACAGCUUGA